GUUUCCCAAAACCCAUCAGUAUUCGAUCCGAUCGUCCACAUAAAGUAGGGAGUUCACAUCUCUCUCUUCUUCACUGAAGACUGAGGACUGAAGCUCUCUCUACAAGCUUAGCCUAUCACGCACAUAAGCAGAACUUUCAGUUUGUUUACAAUGGCGGCGACUAUGAAUGCGAUCGGGGUGUUGAGAGUGCCGUCAUCGGCGUCUUCAUCAUCGUCGUCGCAUUCGUCGAAUUUGAGUAGGAAGGCUUCCUUCCGAGGCCUAUCAUUCUCGUCAUCUCAGAUUUCCGGAGAGAAGAUUUCAUGGCAGGAGUUUUCUGGUCGGCGCGAAACAGCUUCUAGAAAUCAGAGGACUCCAAUCGUCGUUUCUCCGAUCGCAGUUUCGGAUUCGAAGAACUCGCAGACAUGUCUUGACCCCGACGCCAGCCGUAGUGUGUUGGGCAUUAUACUUGGUGGUGGUGCUGGGACCCGUCUUUACCCACUUACCAAGAAAAGGGCAAAACCUGCUGUUCCUUUAGGAGCAAAUUACAGACUGAUUGAUAUUCCAGUGAGCAAUUGCUUGAACAGCAACAUAUCAAAGAUCUAUGUUCUCACACAGUUCAACUCUGCAUCUCUCAAUCGCCACCUUUCUCGGGCAUAUGCCAGUAACUUGGGUGGUUACAAGAAUGAAGGCUUUGUUGAAGUUCUUGCUGCUCAGCAGAGUCCAGAAAACCCUAAUUGGUUCCAGGGUACAGCUGAUGCAGUUAGACAGUACUUGUGGUUAUUUGAUGAGCAUGAUGUCUUGGAGUUCCUGGUUCUUGCUGGGGAUCAUUUGUACCGAAUGGAUUAUGAGAGAUUCAUACAAGCGCACAGGGAAACAGACGCAGAUAUUACUGUAGCUGCACUCCCAAUGGAUGAAAAACGCGCCACUGCAUUUGGUCUUAUGAAGAUUGAUGAAGAAGGUCGUAUUAUUGAAUUUGCUGAGAAACCAAAAGGGGAUCAACUGAAAGCUAUGAAGGUUGACACGACCAUAUUAGGCCUUGAUGACGAGAGAGCUAAAGAGAUGCCAUACAUUGCUAGUAUGGGAAUCUAUGUCAUCAGCAAAGAUGUGAUGAUAAAUCUACUUCGGGAUAAGUUUCCUGGAGCCAAUGAUUUUGGAAGUGAAGUUAUUCCGGGUGCAACUUCGAUUGGAAUGAGGGUUCAAGCUUAUUUAUAUGAUGGCUACUGGGAAGACAUUGGUACAAUUGAGGCAUUUUAUAAUGCAAAUUUGGGAAUCACUAAAAGGCCAUUACCUGAUUUCAGCUUCUAUGACCGUUCAUCUCCAAUCUACACCCAACCGCGCUAUUUGCCUCCAUCUAAGAUGCUUGAUGCAGACAUCACUGAUAGUGUUAUCGGUGAAGGUUGUGUGAUCAAGAACUGUAAAAUUCACCAUUCUGUGGUUGGGCUUCGAUCUUGCAUAUCCGAAGGUGCAAUUAUAGAGGACACAUUGCUGAUGGGAGCAGAUUAUUAUGAGACAGAUGCUGACAGGAGAUUUCUGGCUGCGAAAGGUGGCGUCCCAAUCGGUAUUGGCAAGAACUCUCACAUCAAGAGGGCCAUAAUUGACAAGAACGCUAGGAUUGGGGAAAAUGUGAAGAUCAUUAACAGCAACGAUGUGCAAGAAGCAGCUAGGGAGACGGAUGGAUAUUUCAUAAAGAGCGGGAUCGUCACUGUAAUCAAGGAUGCUUUGAUACCUAGUGGAACCGUGAUCUAGAAAGCACCCAACUGUUUGACAAGUUACCACGGGACUCUGCAACUCUACCGCAGUUGAUUGACACAAGAUUUAUACGGUAGCACUUCCCGUGAGUUUUCUGCUGUCUCUGUUUUGUCAUACGCAACAAUGUACAGCUUUCUCGGUUUAAUUACAAUACUCAGCAUUAAGAAAUCCAGAGCUUGUAGCAUAGAAAUCAUUAAUGCUGAAGAUGCAUAGAAUUAUUCUCUCCUGCCAAUUUUGAAAUACACCCAAAAGGGGUAAAGAAAGCUUCAGUUGACAUUUAUUCAUAACAGAGUACAUGUUUAUAAACUUCAAAAUAUUAUCACAAGAUAUGUGUUCCUUGCCU